GGAGAAUGGAAAUGCGAACUUAACUCCUGACAUGCUGGCUGAUGGCUGACCGCACGCAGCGUGUGGGGCAAAAGGGAGGAAAAGCGCCUUGAUGACAUGGUAGAGAUAACUUUUUGUUAAGUGGGCAGCCUCUGGGACCUGCUGGGAGAGUGGAAAGAGGAAAAGAGGGCUUUCCUCUUGUGGCUUGCUGUGUGUGUGCUGGUGGAGGAUGGAGACGCCGGAAAGUAGAGCUGCAGGAGUGACGAGCGUUCCGGGAAGGCGAGAGGUACUGUGGAGGACGAGUGGCAGCUUGAGGCACACUCUUCAAUAAGAGAAAUGAAGGUGUCUCAACGUUCCCGAGAGUCCAGAUGGUAAGCAAAAUGUGCCAGGAGUCAGCCCUGGGAUGCCCAUGGACUGCUGCAGCCCGCUGGGCUCCUCCGUGUUCCUGAUCAUCUCCGUGUGUGUGGCCACUGUCAUGCUGGGCAGCCUCUGGAUGCUGCUGCGUGACGAACCCACCUGACCAACUGUACCACCUGUGAUUAGUUGGACGAGUUCUCCAGGCACGUGGUCUACUGGAAAGAAGCGUUUACCAUGCCUCUGGGAACGUUCCUCCUUCCUGUUCUCUGUUUCUUGGGAGCAUCAGUUCCACGGGGACUGCAGUAUGUCACAUUCUCACACAAUGCUACAAAAUUCCUCCACCUGUCCAUGGACUUGGAAUCUGGGAACAUUUACUUGGGGGCCACCAACUUCCUCUUUCAGCUGACAUCUGACCUGCUGUUGGAGAACAUGGUUCAGACUGGACCAGUUCUGGACAGUAAGGAUUGCCUCCCCCCAGUCUCAAAGCUGGAGUGCCCUCAAGCACACCACACUGACAAUCACAACAAGCUGCUGCUGGUGAACGCUGUGCAGAAGGAGCUCAUUGUGUGUGGCAGCGUCCACCAGGGAAUCUGUGAGAAGAGGAGUCUGGCGUCCAUCGACCGUGUCCUGUUCCGGCCAGAGAGCCCUGGUGACACUCAGUACGUCGCUGCCAACGAUCCCAAUAUCACCACCGUGGGACUCAUCGCCUACUCGAAGGAUGAGGUGCCCUUGCUGUUUGUGGGACGAGGGUACACUAGCCGAGGAGUGGGAGGAGGGAUUCCUCCCAUCACGACCCGGAAUCUCAGGGCUCACGGAGGGGACGUUCAAGCAACAGACUCUCACUCCAUUUUCUCCUACGAAGAAACAGCAAAACUGGCUGUGGGCCGGCUGUCAGAGUACAACCACCAUUUCAUUAAAUCCUUCACUUACCGCUCCAGUGUCUAUUUCCUUUUCUACCGGCGGGACCUCAAAUCCCAGUCGCGCGAGUACAAGACCUACAUCUCGCGCAUCUGCCUGGAUGACUCCCACUAUUACUCGUAUGUGGAGUUACCUCUGCUCUGCCAGAGCAAAGGCAAUACAUACAGCCUCCUGCAAGCAGCCUAUGUCACCUGGCCGGGAAAGGAGCUGGCCCAGGGGCAGCUGGACACCGAGGGGGAAGUGCUGUUCGCAGCUUUCUCUGCCUGGCAGGCUUCUUCUGGGAAGCUGAGCGAGGAGUCUGCGCUCUGUGUCUACGCAAUGGAGGAGGUGGAUCGCCUGACCAACUGGACUAGGGACGUUUGCUACAUGAGAGAUGGGAAGUCAGAGGAAGGGACAGAAGUGGCAUAUAUUGAAUAUGAUGUCAGUUCCAACUGUGUUCAGCUGCCAGCGGACACCCUGUAUGCCUACCCCUGUGGCUCUGACCACACUCCCAGCCCUAUGGCCAGCCGGGUACCCUUGGAAGCAGCCCCGCUCCUGGAGAAAACUGAGGCCCGUCUGACAGCUGUGGCAGUGAAUGUGGAAGAUGGCCACACCAUUGCUUUUCUGGGAGACAGCAGAGGAAGGCUGCACAAGGUGUACUUGGGAGCCCAGGGAGAGGCCCACACCUACGCGUCAGUAUCCAUCCAGGUGAACAGCAUGGUGAGUGGAGACCUGCUGUUCGACCAGUUGCAGGAGCACCUCUUUGUCAUGACCCAGUCAAUGGUGGUAAAGGUUCCCAUAAUGGAGUGUUCCCUGUACUUGGACUGUGAGUCCUGUCUGGCGCUGAAAGAUCCCUACUGUGGCUGGUGUGUCCUUCAGGGAAGGUGCAGCCGUCGCUCCGAGUGCUUGCGCUCCAGACUGAGUGAGCAGUGGCUCUGGAGCUUUAACUCUACUCAGCAGUGUCUGUCUGUCCAGUCACUAACUCCAGCAAAUAUCAGCAGAGAGGAAAAGAGAAAUAUAUUCUUGGCCAUCUCGGACUUACCUUCUCUGCGCGAGGAAGAAUUUUACUCGUGUUAUUUCGAAGAUUAUGAAAGCCCAGCAGUUCUGACCGAGUCAGGAAUCAUGUGUCCUUCUCCAGAUCCCAGCCAAGCACCAGCUUUGCCAACAGGAACAGAUCAUGUCACCAUAAAGCUUGUAGUGCGUUUCCAUGACAUCUUCAUUGCUUCUGUGGACUUCUCUUUCUAUGACUGUGCUGCAGUGGCCCUGCUGUGGAAAUCGGCACCGUGCCAGAAGUGUGUGAGCAGUCUCUGGGGAUGUAACUGGUGCAUCCAGCAGCACCUCUGCACCCACAAAGCAACCUGUGAGGAAGGAGCCAUUAUCUACAAUGAAAGGGCCCAGAUCCCAGCCUCGAGUGUGUAUCCCUCUUCAGCUGCUCCCCUCACCAAGUCCUCUACCACAGUCCCCACCAUGGCCACCAAAGCUGUCAGCACGGCCGCGCACGUGGGCCCGAGCACCGUGCCCCACACGGAGCCCAUCCACGUCACGCCCUCCGCGGCCUCGGAGGCGGCGCCGGAGACCCCCAGCUACACCCACCUGAGCCUCUCCACCGAAGCCGCCUCUCUCCAGGCUGCCACAGAAUCCCCACUGCCGCCGCCGGCAGACAAACCUGCUGUCACUGUGCCAGAGACAACUUCUCCUGCUGCAUCAGUCCUCUCCAGCCCAUCUAAAAAUGUGGAUCCCGUGGCCUUGCCCACUGAAGGGCCGGCCACAGCUCAGGAGGCCUGGCACACAGACCCACCCACCACCCUCGGGGGUAGCGCUCUGCUCACAUCUGCAGGGGCAGCUGUAACACCUUCCCCUCAUGUCACGAGUUUCAAGGGGCCUCCAAGUCCUUUUCCUACCACAGAGGCACUGACGUCUGCCAUCUCAUCUCCCCAGACCCCCAGCCAGGUGCCAGGGAGCCCUGUUGUCUCUGAUGAUGCUCCUGGAUUGCCAGGAACUGAGCUCUCUGUUUCUGAGCUCCCAACAUCAGCUCCGCCGCAGUGGCUGCUGGAGGAAGGCGCGGAGCUCCAGGACACCGAGGACUGGAUGGAUUUGCUGCAGGCUGAGAAUGACACGUCUCUUUUCUCUGCUUCUACUCUUCUGUCGGGUGAUGGCGAUUCUUCAGAGAGGGAUGUCCCUGACUUUCCCAGGAUCCUUCACCCUGACCUCGAUUAUCAGUAUGAUGCCCCUGAGUUUUGGGAGGAGAGUGAAGAGCCUAGCUGGGGUCCAAAUGCAUGUCCCUGUGUGCAGGGAAUCCAGGGAUCUUCGCUGUUUCCAGUCAAUGUGGUGAGGAAAAUAACCCUGCUGGGAAAGAACUUCCACCUCUAUCAGGACCAGCAGUGGGACUAUGAGUGUGUCUUGAAUUUGGAGGGGAGGACAGUGGUGAUGGAAGCUUAUGUGGAAGGAGAAGAAACAAACAAGUCCCUCUGUUAUAUCACUUGCCAGAUGAACCAGUACAGUUACACAGCACCUCAACUGGAAUUCAAUGCUGUGGUGUUUGUGCAGAGGCGACGACACCUUCGAGUGGACAGUGCUGCAGAUCUUCAUGUGACUUUUUACAACUGCUCUGUGGGACACACUGAUUGUAGCCGCUGCCAAACAGCUGACUCAAAGUACAACUGUGUGUGGUGUGGAGGUGACAGCCCCAGCUGUAUCUUCAGGGGCUCUUGCAAGGAAGAAAUUGAAGACCUGUGUCCAGCACCUCUCAUUCACUCUGUGUACCCCCUGUCUGGACCAGUGGAAGGUGGCACUAGAAUCACCAUCACUGGCUCAAACCUCGGGCAGAAACAUCAAGACAUUGCAGAAACUGUCACUGUUGCAGGAAUUCCCUGCGCCGUAGAUGCUCAAGAGUAUGAGAUCUCUAGCAGCAUCGUGUGCGUCACCGGCGGGAGCUGGACAGAGAGGUUUGGGCAUAUAGUGGUGGAAGUGCCUGGAGGAGGUCGUGGAGUUUCUGGUCAUGUUUUUACCUAUCAGAAUCCAGAGCUGAAAUCCAUUGUUCCAAGUCAGGGUCCCAAAGCAGGAGGAACCUGCCUUACCCUUCUAGGCUCGAAGCUGCUGACUGGGCAUCCUAAUGAGAUCAGUGUCCUGCUUGGAGACCUCCCUUGUCAAAUCCUCUCUGAGAUGACAGAGGAUCAGCUGGCAUGCCAGACAAGUCCUAGCAAUGUGUCCACAGAACUCCCAGUCACCAUCAAAUACGGGGAGCAAGAGCGGAGAUUGGAAGGAUCCCUCUUCAGAUAUACUCUGGAUCCCAACAUCACUUUUGCAGAGCCGCCUAAGAGCUUCCUCAGUGGAGGGAGAGUGCUCAGAGUUCAUGGGUACAACUUGGAUGUUGUACAGAAACCCAAGAUCCGAGUUACAGUUUCUCCAUCUGAACGGCGGCGCCGAGGAGCGGGGCGGUGGCGAAGGAUCAUCCCAGACUCUGAGUGUCAUGAGGAUUCUCUGUGCAGCAUCCAGCAGUUUGAAGAACCAUGUCUUGUUAACUCUUCCUACCUGAUCCUGUGCAAAACUCCAGCCAUUAACCUGCUGUUGAGGAGUGUCCGUAUCAAACUGGAAUUUAUUCUGGAUAAUCUGAGCUUUGAUUUCAACUCACUGCAUCCCAUGCCCUUCUCUUAUGAAGUCAACCCCAUCCUAAAACCAUUGAAUGCUGAGGACCCUGCCAAGCCCUAUCGUCACAAGCCAGGAAGUGUCAUCUCUGUGGAGGGGGAAAAUCUAGAUCUGGCUAUUUCCAAGGAUGAAGUUAUGGCUAUGAUUGGGGAAGGAAUCUGUGUGGUGAAGACGCUAACAAGGAAUCACCUCUACUGUGAGCCCCCCUCAGAGCAGCCAGCUCCGCGGCACCGCACCAAGCGGGAGGGCACGGACCUGCUCCCAGAGUUCACGGUUCAGAUGGGAAACCUGAACUUCCUCCUGGGCCGGGUGCAGUAUGACACGGAAAGCCAGCUCACCUUCCCGCUGGAGGCACAGAUUGGUUUGGGUGUCGGUGCAUCCUUUGUGGCACUGAUCGUUCUGGUCAUCGUCUUCAUAUACAGGAGGAAGAGCAAACAGGCUCUGAGGGAUUACAAGAAAGUUCAAAUCCAGCUGGAAAAUCUGGAAACAAGUGUUCGGGACAGAUGCAAAAAGGAAUUCACAGACCUGAUGACUGAGAUGAUGGACCUCACAAGUGACCUUGUGGGCACGGGGAUACCCUUCCUGGACUACAAGUCCUACGCAGAACGCAUUUUCUUUCCGGGCCACCGUGAGUCACCACUGCAAAGGGACCUCGACAUCCCUGAGUGCCGACGGCAAACAGUGGAGCAGGGCUUGGUCCAGCUCUCCAACCUCCUCAACAGCAAGCUCUUCCUCACCAAGUUCAUCCACACUCUGGAGAUCCAGCGCACUUUCUCUCCAAGAGACCGGGCCUAUGUGGCGUCGCUGCUAACGGUGUCGCUGCAUGGGAAGCUGGAGUACUUCACUGACAUCCUCAAAACACUCUUGAAUGACCUUGUGGAGCAGUAUGUGGCCAAGAACCCCAAGCUGAUGCUGCGGAGGACAGAAACAGUGGUAGAGAAGCUGUUAACCAACUGGAUGUCCAUCUGCUUGUAUGCGUUCGUGAGGGAUUCGGUCGGGGAGCCCCUUUACAUGCUAUUUCGAGGAAUCAAACACCAGGUGGACAAAGGGCCAGUUGACUGGGUGACAGGGAAAGCCAAAUACACCCUGAAUGACAACCGACUUCUGAGAGAGGACCUGGAGUACCGCACUCUGACCUUAAAUGCUUUGACACAAGCAGGAGUUGGUGCAGGAGGGGCAGAAGAAUCUCAAGGGAUUUCUGCGAAAGUGCUGGACUGUGACACCAUAACGCAGGUGAAGGAGAAAAUCCUAGAUCAGAUCUAUAAAGGGACGCCAUACUGUCACCGGCCAGACCCAGACACCCUGGACCUCGAGUGGAGAUCAGGGCUGGCAGGUCACCUGAUCCUGUCUGAUGAGGAUGUGACAUCAGUUGUUCAAGGAACUUGGAAACGUCUGAACACUCUUCAGCAUUACAAGGUGCCCGAUGGAGCAACAGUAGCACUCGUCCCACGCCUGACCAAGCACAUCCACAGGGAAAAUCAGGACUACAUCCCAGGAGAAAAAACACCAAUGCUGGAGGAUGCAGAUGAAGGUGGAAUCAAACUUUGGCACCUGGUAAAACCAACAGAAGAGCCAGAGCUUCCCAAGCAUCGGCGUGGGAGUUUAAGAGAUCGGGAGCGGGCCAAGGCAAUCCCAGAGAUCUAUCUGACACGUCUGCUCUCAAUGAAGGGCACUCUGCAGAAGUUUGUGGACGACUUGUUCCAGGUGAUCCUCAGUACCAACCGCCCUGUUCCUCUGGCAGUCAAAUACUUCUUUGACCUGUUAGAUGAGCAGGCCAUACACUACGGGAUCGCAGACCCUGAGACCAUCCAUAUCUGGAAGACAAACAGCCUCCCCCUGCGGUUCUGGAUCAACAUCAUCAAGAACCCCCAGUUUGUUUUUGAUGUGCAGACGUCAGAUAACGUGGAUGCUGUGCUGCUGGUCAUUGCACAGACCUUCAUGGACUCCUGUACAAUAGCUGACCAUAAGUUAGGGCGGGACUCUCCAAUCAAUAAGCUGCUUUAUGCCCGGGACAUUCCUCGCUACAAGCAGAUGGUGGAAAGGUACUACGCGGACAUUCGUCAGACCAUCUCUGCCAGUGACCAGGAGAUGAACUCUGCCCUGGCUGAGCUAUCACGGAAUUACUCAGGUGACCUCAAUUCCCUGGUGGCUCUACAUGAAUUGUACAAAUACAUCAAUAAGUACUAUGACCAGAUCAUUACUGCCUUGGAAGAAGACCCAACGGCACAGAAGAUGCAGCUUGGAUAUAGACUGCAACAGAUUGCAGCAGCUGUGGAGAAUAAAGUCACAGAUUUGUGACAGGCACAGACAGACUGCUCUCCCCUGGCCGAAUGGGGACAGUGCUCAUCCUAGUUGAUAAACAGGGUGUCCUGCUGCCAUUGGAACCAGACUCUCCAAGGAACCUGCGGGUGACAUGAGCAAGGGGAUGGCCAAAGCAGUACAAGCGUCCUUGCAUCUCAGAGAAUAUUUUUUUACAGGUGUUUGUUUUUUUUUUUUUCUUUUUAAAAGCAAAAUUAAACA